GAAAGAGAGGUGUGAGAGCUGAUGCUGUAGUUUGAAAGUCUUAGAGAAGCGACUUAAAACGACACCGGUGUAAAAAUACCAGGAUUUAACUGGAUUAAAGAGAGAGAGAGAGAGAGAGGGAGGGAAAGAAAGAGAGAGAAAGCAAGUGUGUGUGUGUGUGUGUGUGUGUGUGGAGAGAUAGAGAGAGAGAGAGAGAGAGAGAGAGGGUGUGUGAAAGAGAGCAUCAAGGAAAGGAAGGAUCCAGUGGAGGAAGAGUGUGUGACAACACACACACACAUACACACACACCUACACACACUCUGACAGGAGCCUGGUGUGAUACACACACACACACACACACACAGCCUUAUUUGAACUCUACCCAAGUCUCUCUCUCUCUGUUACACACUCUUAUACACACUUUCACACACUCUCAGAGCAGCAGCAGCUACUGGACAGCUGCCAGAGUAGCAUCGGACCCGCCACUGACCGGACCCGCCACUGACCGGACCCGCCACUGACCGGACCCGCCACUGGCCGUAGCAAUGGACUGAACACACGGGCAGGACGUUACGGGAUUUUGAAGCAGUAGGAGGACAGGACGAGAGAGAGAGAGAGAGAGACAUCAACCGCUGGACGGGUUCAGGACAGCGUCUCGCCAUUUUUCUGAAGAUCUGAAGCUCUGACCAGGAGAGCACAGGACAUUAAAUAUAUAUAUAUAUAUAUAUCCAACCGGAGAGACUCAAAAACAGCCAUUAAUUAGGAUCACCAGUCCAUCAUUUCUUCAUCACCUCGUCCUGUCCUGCUUUAAACUGAGGGGACAGCAGAAAGACAGACUGACCUGAGGACUCUUAUCACUGCAGGACGCUCUAAAAGUCCAAAAAAACACUAAAAACUUUAUUUUAAAGCAACAAAAAAAACUUUUUUGCUUUUUUCUUUGCAAAUCUUUAAACAGCCUAUUAUUGAUUUUAAGACUAUACAUAACUAUAUAUAAUAUAUAAACAUAGAAAAUACAAUUGAAAUAUAUGAAAUAGAACUGAAAAUAUCCAUAUUACGUAUACAGAUACAUAAACAGAGAUAAUUAUACUGAAUAAACACAGAAAAUAUACUAGUAAAUAUACUACAGAAAGAGGAAGGUCCUGUAAGAUAAAACUCUACUAUAUUUAAAAAUCAUUAGUUACUAAUAUUAUUAGUUAGACAAGUCUGAGAUGGGGAGAAAAGUAUAAUUCGUGUUGUAAUAUUGAAUAACUAAAUUAUAUUUUAUAGUAUUUUUGUUGCAACAAAAUACUAUGAUCUUCCAAUAAUCAAUUAAGCAAUCAAUCAAUUAACCAAUCAACUUUUAUUUUCAUUCAGGAAUAAACUGAGGAUACAUUGUGCAAACAUUUACAACUUAAAAGGAUUAAAACAUUAACAUUUAUAUUAAUAUCAAGUGUUUAAUCAGGAUAAGCUAAAAUAAGGAACUUUAUAAACCAAAAAAAAAAAUCAAUUAAAGGCAAAUGCAUUAGAAAAAAACAAACAGACAAACAAAAUAAAAUUAAGAAGAAAUGAGAAUAAAAAAAUAAAAAUAAAAGGAAAAAAAGUGGACAGGCUAAAAUUUAAAGCAGUCAAAUAUAUUAAAAAAUAUAAAUGAUUAGAAGGAUACAAAAUAACACAUACAAAUAAUAUAAGACUAUAAUGUAAGAUUAUACAGAAAAUAACUGGUAGAAAUAAACUACAAUGAAAAAGGUAAAUAAAUAUUCCUUAUAAUUAUCUGACCUUUGAUCACUGUUCCCUUUUAAGAGAGCCAGCUUUAGUGCCCGAUGCAGUUCUCCAGGUGGACGGUUGUUUCUGGUUGAGAGUACAUUGUGCACUAUUGGCUGUCUCUUCUCACCGGUGUGUGGAUGAGUGCUGAGUAAAAAUGGUUGUACGUAAAAACGUGUAAAUUGUAAAGCGUCCUUGGGUUUCUAGAAAGGCGCUAUAUAAGUUGAACUUCAAGUUAAACAAAAUUAAUAUCACAUCAUGUAAAAAUGUGCUGCCCAAGCCCUGUAUUUUGCCAUUUUGGCCCAAAACAAACAGUUUAUAGCUGUUUACAAAAAGAAAAUAAAACCCGCAACACAGCUUGAGGAGCUUAAAAAAUAAAAAACAGGCCAAACAGAAGAAGAAAAGGAGAGCAAGGGAGGAAAAGAGAGCGAGGGGAAAAAGGGAGGAAGAGAGGAAGGGAGGGAGGUAGGUCAGGGCCUUCACUCCCCCAAUCCCUGCCAUGGUUCGUGAUCUGCGGUCUAAGAACAAGAGAUUCAAUAAAGCAAAUAUAUAUUUUUUAAAAAAUGGAUUAAAGAUGGAUUACCGUUGCUCCACUGAGGCCAGCGCUGCCGAAUAAAGCCGGACUGCACUCGAGGGAGUCUGCCUGAACCAUCGGCCCAAGGUUUUCGGUUUAUGCAAUCGGACUUUCGCCGCUCGGACGUUCACAGCUCGGCUUCUUGAAUGCGCCAUGGAAAAUCUGGACGAACUGGAGCACCCGCUUCUUCCCAGCAGCCCCAAGAACUCCAGCGAGGUGGACGGGCACUUUAAGGGCACCUUGGUGAGAUAUGAAGAGGACAAGAAGGUACCGCCACUCGUCUGGGGGAACUACUGUUCGUCCACCGACGUCCAGCAGCAUCAGCAGCAUCAGCAGCUGUUGGACCCGUGUUCCCUACCCAGUACCCUGGAGUCCCUGUACCCGCCGCCGCCAGUCUGGGCACCGGUGGACUCGCUGGGUCUCCACACCAAAGAGUACCUGGAGACCACGUUCGUGGACAUUGGGCCGGGGUCUCCUCUGGAACGUAAGAUCCUGGCGGAAAGCAGAGACAUCCACAGCGUGUCCUACAGCAUCGAGGACGAGGACGACCUGCUGCCGGACUUCGAGGAUUCCUCCAGCGAUGAUUUCAGUGAUACGGACAGCGAGAGCAACUUCCCGCUGAUGAUCCCGCAGGACUACCUGGGCCUGGCCUUCUUCUCCAUGCUCUGCUGCUUCUGGCCUUUAGGCAUCGCCGCCUUCUACCUGUCUCAGAAGACCAAUAAGGCGUCGGCGCAGGGUGAUUUCCAGGGCGCCAGCACGGCGUCUCGCCAGGCCCUGUGGCUCUCCAUCCUCUCCAUCAUCUUCGGCAUCAUCACCUACAUCUGCGCCAUCGCCGCCCUCAUCUCCUACCUGUCCGGGAAACCACCUUAAUAAGGCCCCGCCCACUCUGCAAACCCCGCCCCUUUGACUGCGCAAGGUCCCCGCCUUCUGAAGACACUAAUAAUUCUGCUCAUUUACUCUCAAUGACACGAAUCGACACCUUCUAACGUAACGACUGGCUGCACUUUUCCACCGAGGAUCCAGAGCUUCUGAGGAUCUGAGGAUCUGUAGAGGAUCGCUGGACGUGAGACUGUGAGGGACGCAAAAAAACGAGGACACGAUGCUAAAACUGCUGGGGACGAUCUCAGGACUAAUUUUACCAUCUUAUAGAGGUUUAAUUCCCUUAAAUACUUAGCAUACUAGGGGGCGACAGAGCGUCAGGCGGACAGUAGUUUCCUAUAAGAGAACGAGAUUUGUAGCCGUGAUUUAGCAACAAAUGCUAACCAAUAGAGAGACAAAACAACAAAUAACACGAUAUCCUAAAGCCAAAUGGCCCAACACACCAUGAUAUUGUGAUAUUUUAUCCUUAAACCUUAAACACAGCAAAAAAUGACAUCUUAGCAAGUAAAAUCCUCUUAAAUGCAGUCUAAAUGUGUAUAUAUAUAUAUAUAUAUAUAUAUCCCAUUUUGAAGAUAUUAAACAACUAUUAUAAUACAUUUUAUCAAAUUUUUAGUUAUUUUCAUUGAUUUGUGAGUGAAUUUCCACCCUAUCAAGGAAAAAAUAUAUAUAUUCCAGAGGUUUUCAAUUUGGUAAAAUCAAAGAAACUCAUCAUUUUUAAGUGCUCUCUUAUUUUUUUCCAGAGCUGUAUUUCCGAGUCACUCCAAUGCCGUAAUUUAAUUUGAGAACCCUUCAUUUAUUCUACUUAAAGUGUCUUAUUGUAUUGGCAGAUAAUUUUACUUAAAAAAAUACAUAUUAUACCUCUUUUUACACGUUUAAAUAGCUAUAUGGGCUUCUCAGCUCUAUUCUUGCCAGUUUCAGUCCCUUUUAGAAUGAGCCGUUUAAGGGCUCUGUCACUUUUAUGCAAAUAAGCUUUUGCUGGCCAUGUCCUAUGUUUGUCACACAUUGGUUUUAGGUUGUGCUACAUGACAAAACACGAACAAGCUAGUUUAUGCUCCUUAUUUGAAAGUGCCUACUUAUUUGAAAGUCCAUCUCGUACAUUUCUUGCUGUGGACAGUAGGUACAGAUUCCUCCCUCAGAAGAAGUCUGCUGGCUAAUCCUGCCCUGUACUGUCUGAGGUUCUCAACCAGCAGAUUGAAAUUAAAAGGUUUCUUCAACUGAAGAUCUAGUGGGUGGGGCUCUGGUGGGCUUUGAUGGGUGAGGGGUGGAGCCAGGGUGGUUCUAUGCAGGUUUCCUUAUUGUGAUGUCAUGUGAUGUCAGGAUGGGUUUAUUGAUUGCUUAAAACUAGCUAAAAACAAAUUUGCCAAUGAAAUAAAACACCUAAAAAAAGGAAAAUACAUUGGAAAUAAGUAGAAUAUUCAUAUUCAAUUCUAAUAACAAUGCAAAAAUGAAAAUGUAACUUAUUUAAACUAGAUUUAAGAUGAUUUAACUUGAUAGGGUUUGGAUUUUUGGCCCAAUUCAUUUUUCAGGCCAAUUGUCCAAAAGUUUGGUUCCUACGAGAGUUUUGAUUCUAUUGUUUUCAGCAGUGCAGUUCUUAUUGUCCUGUUUAAAAUGAUGCAUUUUUGUGGCAAUUUGAAGACAAAUGAAGCAUAAAAGAAAGUAGAAGUUACUGCUGGUGGUUCUGGUGGAUUCAAAUAUUCACCUGCUAGAUCAGCCAGCGUGCUAACUGUCCAAGCUGUGCAGCGUAUUUUGGCCUGUCGCUCUUCAGUGUGAACGCAGGGUUGAAGCUACACCUCGUUAUUCUCAGUUCUGGUUGAAAUAUUCACAGAGCAGCUACUGUAUAAACACCUACAGACAUCAUUAAAGAUCAGAAGAGUACGCACGUUAGUCUUCCUACAUGACUGGAUGUGGAGCAAGGCUCAGAGUGACGGUUUCUUUGAAGGGCUCGACCAAUCACACGGAGAUAACGGAUAUAAUAAUGGAAAAGGAUGUAGAAAAUCUGGAAAACAGUGUGUUCCACAGGUACAGACGGAACUGUUUCUGCAUAAGAACAUUAAAUAUGUAAUAAAACGUCUGAAAUAUGACUGAAUACAAUCUUAAAUAUUUCCAGUGUGAGUCACGCCAUUAAGAGACGUCUCUACUGAUAAAUAUAGCACUCCACUUUCCCUUUCAUCUAAUAACACCAACACGUAUGUGAUGAAAACUGUCCUGCUGACUGUCCUGCAUCCUGCACUGGUGGCUGUUGAGCGUGAGCUGCAUCUGUUGGAUUGAAGCCGUGCACCGAGAUUACGAAAUCUGGGAAAGUCGUGAAAAAGGGAAUUUAUUAAUUCCUGGAAAUGAACCUUAUAUCAGGGACGGAUUAGCAACCAGGCCUACUGGACAUCCAGGCCAACAGGGGGCGCUCAGCAAGCAUUGAUUUUCAUUGUUCAAUGUGUAUUGAUUGGCAUCAAUGGUGACAUCAGAUUUGCUUUAGUUAACGCACACCUAGACACACUGUGAAAAAAAAACAUGAAAUCUUCUCAAUAAAUUGCACUUUGUUUGAUUUGAUAUUUCAAGUAAAUAUUACCUAAGAGUCAUCCGGGUCAUUGGGGUCAUUGUCCUGCUGCAUGGCCCACGUCCUCCUGAGAUUAAGCUCACAGACAGUGUACAUUUCCAGAAUAAUCUGGAAUAUUUUAAAAUUUGUUGUUUCAUUAAUGAUGAAACUACUACUAACUAAGUUACAUAUACUAAUAAUAACAAUAAUUAACAUUAAUAUUAUUUUUCUUUAACAGUUCUUUAUUAGAACCUUUUGUGCGCUUAGGGUCAUCGUCCUUCUGCAUGGCCCACGUUCUCCUGAGAUUCAGCUCACAGACCGCAUCAAUGUCCUGACAUUUUCCUUCAUAGCCACCACUUAGCAAUCACUUAGAAACAACAUAGCAACCACCAUAGGAACAUGAGCAACACUUCAGCAACCACUUAGAAACGACAUAGCAACCAACACAGAUGCCAUAGUAACACCAUAGCAACCACCACGGAUACCAUAGCAACACCUUAGCAACCACCUAGCAAAACCUUAGCCACCACCUAGCAACCACUUAGAAACACCAUAGCAACAACCACGGAUACCAUAGCAACACCCUAGCAACUGCUUAGAAACAACAUAGCAAAGAUACCACAGCAAGGUAGAACCUCUUGUGCACAUGGCCCAUGUUCUCCUGAGAUUCAGCUCAAAGACAGUGUCAAUGUCCUGAAAUGUUCCUUCAAAGCAACAUCUUAAACCACUUAGAAACAACAUAGCAAACACUAAGGGUACCCUAGCAACACCUUAGCAACCACCUAGCACCACCUGCUCUUACAGCCAACAACAAUGAAACCAGACAGCCAACUAUAACAAACUAAUAAUUAACUCAAUGCAUAUUGGAAGGACUACACAUUGAUGGUAAAGCGAAAUGAAAAUGCAUGCAAAAAUGCAAACAAAUAAUGCCAGGGUAAAAUAAUAAUAAUAAUUAAAAUAAAACAAUGAAUGCAUUGUCUGUGUUUUGAAUAGAUUUAGAAAUUAAGAUUAAACAGGACCAAUCAGAAUGAGGGACAGGUUGGAUAUGUUGGAUCAUGUGACUGGAAAAGGACCCUGCAUUGGUUCAUGCCCAGGAGGCUCAUGAAUUAUUAAUCCGUCCCUGCUUUAUAGUCAUAAUCUGCAGUAAGAGACUUUACACUACAUGCUAAUAUCCUCACGUAGCAUCUAUUUGCAUGGACAUUCUGCAUUAAAGGAGAUCAUUUAAAGAAUUGAUGGACCACAAAAAGACAUCUGGAGAUUCUGGAGCUGCUGAAGUUUUGUCUUAUUGCGAUCACUCAUCGAACACUGCUGAAACUGGCACUAAUAAGUCCGAUGAGUAUCCAUACUAACACACCAACAGAUCAAUAAAACAUACUGUUAAUUACACACAAGUUUUAUUCUGAUUUAUGCAAAUUCAUUACUUAGCAAGCCCCACAGAUACUAUAGCAACACCUUAUAAACACAGUAACAACCACCAUCGGCACCAUAGCAACACCUUAGCAACCAUGUAGCAAAACCUUAUCCAUCAACAAGCCAACACUUGGAAAUGACAAUGCAAUUAACACAGCCACUAUAGCAGCACCUUAGCAACCACCUAUCAAAACCUUAGCCAUCACCAAGCAACCACUUAGAAACAACAAAGCAAUUAAAGCAGACACUAUAGCAACACCGUAGCAACCACCUAUCAAAACCUUUGCCACCACCAAGCAACCACUUAGAAACAACAAAGCAAUUAAAGCGGACAGUACAGCAACACCUUAGCAACCACCUAGAAACAACAAAGCAAUUAAUAUUGAUACGAUUGCAAUACCUUAGCCUCCACCUAGCAACCACUAAGAAACAACAUAGCAACAACCAUGUGCACCAUAGCAACACCUUAGCAACCACCAAGAAACCAACCAACUUUAGGGUGUAUUUUACCGAAUGUCUUCAGAAAGGGGGCAGGCGAAGCAGCAAUUCCAUUUUUUUUCCUAAUUCCUCUGUGAUGGGGAGCUGAAAUUUAGCUUUUAUUAACUUUUUUUUUUAUUUUAUUUUUCCAUUCCACCUUAAAUGAUGCAUCCUCUGCUGUCUGUAAAACAAUUUAAGGUUGAACGGGAAAGUUAUCCAGCUAGCUGAGACAAACUACUGGCAUUUUUUUUACAUUUCUUAUGAAGAAAAUACACAAUAAACUAUGGUAAUAUAGUGAUUAUCGUCAUUUUUAGCAGGGAAAAUACUCAAAUUUGUGGGUUGUUUGGUUGCUUGUGCUGCACUAUCAGUUUAAAUGGUCUCAAACUAAGGAGUAAUUUAGGAGACAGGAGCUUCAGAGUUGGGACACACAUUCAGAUAUCUUACCUAGAAGACCUUUUAUAUUGUGGCGUGUGGUAUCAGUGCAGGACAUCUUAUUAGGUUAACAUGUUUAGCAUUGAUUUGGUGUCCUUGUGUCUUGUCCUCGUGUCCUCAGAGAGCCGAGCUACGUUUCUAGAGAAGAUCACAUGGCUACGGUUAAAGAUAUGAGAAUAAUAGCAUUACUAAGACAAAAACAGUAACAUAGAAAGAAGUUGGAACACCUGUACGUAUCACUGAGCCGCUAGUGUUCCUCGUAUCACUACUAGGAGUGUCUGACUAUCGUAUGAGACGCUCCUCAGAUCAUCAAUCACAUCAAUCACACCCAGUUUAAUCUGAUAUAUUAUUCAGAUAAUAUACUGCUAUGAACAUACGCCAUCUCUGCUGCUGCUCCAUGCUGUUUACACAAGAGAGUAAGAGUGGUAUGAGCAGCGUUCACUGCUCCUCCCAUUAAAAACACGGUGUUUAAAAAAAAAGCGGCAAAUUUUCAGUGUUCUGUGUUAAAGCUGCUUCACACUGCUAUAGAUACAGAUAUACAGACAUACACACUGUAACACAGAAUCUUCUCACUAUAUUUACUUUCUUACUCCCGCCCCAGACAGCUUUGACCAAUCAGAGGAGACUCUGAUGUGCUCGCGUGGUUUAUUGAUGCGCAUUUGGGUGCGUUUAGGUUUUUUAUGCCUGUGUGAAAACAAACCAAACAAAGGGAGAAACGCUUCAAAUAAAUAAACUCAUCAACUGAUCCGGACCAUAGAAACUUUCACUUUAACUAAAGGUGUGAAAACACUCUUUUAUACUCAGAUAAUUAAGAUCUAAUUCAGAAAUCCUUACAACUAAGCUGAGAUGUUUAUGAUAAAGUUCAUUAAAAAAAUUCUUUUUGAUAAAUCUUUUUAAUUUAUCAUGCAUUCUUUAUUCCAGCGCCACACGUUACGACUUUAUCUCCCCUCAAACGUGCAAAUAUAUACUAGUAUUUUGAUUAACACCGCUAAUAUAAAUAUAAUUACAACUUCAUAUCUUUCUGUUUGAAGGCUAAAUUGUGGCAAAAGGUUGAAAAGUUCAAGGGGGCUGAAUAAUUUUGCUAAUGUGUUGCUGUGGUAUCUGGGGUGGUUGCUACUGUGUUGCUAAGUGUUGGGUAAAAGGUUGCUAGGUGUUUGCUUAGGUGUUCCUAUUGUUUCUGUAGAGGUUGCUAUGAUGUUGCUAAGGUGUUCUUAGGUUGUUGCUAGGUAAUGUGUUUGUAUUAACAAGGCCCGAGUUAAAACUAUUUACUGCCUACUGCAAUCACACUAAUAAGAAAUACUGUUGGAAUACACUCAUUGACACCACCACAGAUACCAUAGCAAUGCCUUAGCAACCACUUAGCAACCACCUACGACCGAAUAGAAACACAAUAGCAAACAGCCACAAAUCGUAAAUUACUGUUAUAAAUGUUAAAUAUCAGCUGUUAAAACAGAAUAAAGCCAUAAAACAGCCGUAAACAAACCCCUGACCCGGCAGGUGCUUUCAGAACCGCAGCAGAGAGGAACCGGGUCAGAUCACAGCGGGUCGGUGAUGAGCUACAGGACCCAUCACAUGUUUAAACAGAGAGAUAACACAGCGUACCGUCAUCACAUUUACUACAUAUCACCACGCAUCCAGCAUCAGCAUCACGCAAUCGUCCGGUCUGAAGCUCCGGUUAUUGGUCCCGGUGGGUCAGAAGCCUGCGAGUGAUAAGCCACGCCCCCUUCCAGCUCAUUGGCUUGGUCUAGCUUUCCAAAACUAAUGUAAAUGUUGAUGUAUAUAAUCAAUAAUUCUGGAUCUGAAUCAAUAAAUGCACUUGAUUUAACUGUAAA